GGGAGGGCUGAGGGAGAGGAGAGUUGCGAGGCAAAACGGAUGGUCACAUGAGCAGAGAUCUGUUUACAAACCCAGAGCCGAGCAAGAGCUAGGGGAGGAAGGGAAAAGCGAACUGCAGGCUUACUCUGAGCACCAUUAUGGAUUGAAAGAGGAAGAGGGGAAGCCUGCCAUGACAAAGCCAGCUGGAGGUGCGAGGGGCUGAAUGCGACACACACACUCUUGCACACACAGCGCCUUUGUCUCUGAUUUUUUUCUUUCCUCAAUUGAAGCAGCAGAUGGUUAGAGGGAGAGUAGGAUCCCCCCCCCUCUACGCACACAUACACACAUACACACACACAUCCACUGACUGACACACAAAUACACACUCGCCAGCAAAACACCAAACCCAGCAAGAGGACUGUUGUUGACUGCAUGGAGCUGUCCUCACUUUGUUUGGGCUUUGAGGGAAGCACAUCUUCGCCUUCUACACUGAGGAGGAAACUGCGAGAUCAGAGGACUGGAGGAGGAGACAGCGGAGGAGACGAGAGGGGGAUGAGACUUGUGACAAUCCUCUGUUAAAAAAGCAGCUUUAGGAGGAAGACAAAGCACAGAUUAAUGUCAGAUUAUUACCUUCAUUGGGCAAGGACUGUCAUUUUGAACGCUGGAUGUCACUGAAUUUGGUGGAGGGACGACACUGCAGGAACAAAGUGGAGUCAAAGAGGCCUCUCUCUGCUGGAAAUGAGCACAUGAGGUCUCAGGUCCCGGCCCAAACCCUUAGGCCCAAAUCUCCACAUCUUAACACGGAGUGGUUAAUCCAGAUUUGAGGGAUGCUGGGCAACACAGACUGCUGAGCCAACAAAACCACACCUCCUGAGGAUUUGUGGAAUCUGAGCAAAUCUGAAAAUCUUAAUGGUUGUUUUUGCAGGAGCUAGCACAGCCCCGACAAAAGAGCGACCGAGCUCGGGGUGACUGAGAACCACAAGGCUCCAAAACAGAUUCAGUGUCCGAAGCUCCAACCCACGAGUUUGGCUUGUCUCCAGCCUGAAUUUACUGGUGCUGUCUCGGGAGUCAAAUUUCAUGCAACCAUUCCAAUGGUGUAACGGAUGCCUGUGUGGUUUGGGUUCUCAGCGCUCUGAACACUACUGCAGCAUGACGUCUGACAUCUAUCACCUCCCGCUCAAUGUGUAUGUCAUUGUGUUGGGCAUUGGCCUUUUUGUCUUCAUGCUCAGCCUCAUCUUCUGCUGCUAUCUUUUCAGGUUGAAACAACAAGGAACGAGGGAGCAGUUCAGCUACAAUGAGGUUGUGUUGAAGGGAGCAAGCAAGAAACUGAGCCUUCUUGGACAAACCUGUGCAGUGUGUCUGGAAGAAUUCAGGACCCGAGAUGAACUUGGAGUGUGUCCGUGCUCACAUGCAUUUCACAAGAAGUGCCUGCUCAAGUGGCUGGAGAUCCGCAGCGUCUGCCCCAUGUGUAACAAACCCAUCCUCCGGCUCCACACAGACGCGCCCCAGGGUGCCGAGGGUCCUAUGGACCCUGAGGAGGUGUGAGAGAGCUGGGGAAAAAGAAACCGGACUUCCCUUAAAGAAAACACACACAUUAAAUACACUAGAGACGAUGAACUUUGGUCAUCUUUAAGACAUCUCACAGGAAAUGUUGAUAAUGAUCCCCAGUGGCACGGCUGCUGCCAACAUUUGAGCAAUAUGCCUCGAGGUGAAUUGCAUAUUGAUAGCACCCACAUUCUGGUCACAUCAGUCAGAGAGGGUGGAUGAAUAGGAUCUUUUCAUAAAAAUGCUCCUUAACCUACUUCCAUGAUGCACUGUUCACCAAAAAAAGGCAGGAAAAGGAGCCGCAUUAGAGUGCUGGAUAUCAUUGCCACUGUCACUGGACGACUAGUGCAGCACUGCCAGAGACAAACACUAAAGGCAUUGAGCAGGACAUGAGAACACAGGAUCAGUAUGGAUACCUCUAUUAUCUCAGGGGUGUUACCAAUACAGCCAGCACAAACCAUGUCAAUCACCCUAUACCCCUGUGCCACACAUGCAUCUUCAAUACUGCCAAUGUAGAACCGCUCCAGCAGCCAAAGGCUGAAACCAAGACCAGCUGGAUUACAACCGAUAACUUACAUAGACAAUGUUGUUACAGAGUGUGUCCCAGGCCCUUUUCCUUAAAAAAGAAAAAAAAAAGACUGAUAGACUAGUCUUGCCUGUAUGUAUUGUAUGUAAAUGUCUCCCUAUAUAUUGUUAUUUUGUAUUUUAAAUAAAGCUUCAUGUAAUGUAUUGUA